AUGACCGCAAGUGAGCCCUCGCUUACACUUUCCAUGUUUUAUAACGGAUUCAGUCGAAUAGCAUUCAUAUCAGCCUUCGCUUGGGUUCUCAAUGAAUGUCUCAACAAAAGAGGAGUAUUUGAGGCGCCGUUUAUUAAUCUAUCGAAACGCAUAUCAAUUGUUAAUGUAAAACAAAACGACCCGGAAACUAAACCAAAGACUAAAGUGAAUAACGUUACGAGUAGUUCCAUGAAAUGA